AUGGAUGAUAAAGAAAUUGAAAAGUUACUGAAAUAUGGAUUGCGAUUGCUGAGGCUGUUUUUACACGAGCAUCCAUUUAGAAGAACCAAUGAUGAACACACUGAAGAGGAGGAACUCAGUUCUGAAAGUGAUGAAGAUACUGAAGACGAAGAGACAGACAUUUCUGAAGAUAAACAACAAAAUCCAGAGAUGGUCAACAGUCAGACUGAAUGGAUAGCUCUACAAUCACAAUGCCAUGUUUUAGAGAUUAUUUUCACAACAGGCCAUCAGACUUUAUUUAAAUUGAAUUGGGAAAAAGGGUGUUCUAUAUUUGACAAUAUUGGAGGAAACAUUAUUAAUUUUUUGCAUGAAGAUGAACACACCUUCGCCAAUUUUUAUGGUGGGUUCUAUUAUCCUGACUACGAACGAUGCCACUACCGAAGAACUGAUUUUUGGAUGAAGUGUUGUAAUCAUGGAAACAAAUACGUGUUUGUCAAACAAUUGAAACAUAUAUUAUACCAAUGGUCUAUUAGUUGGAGCUAUGAAAACACUCUACAUUUAUUGAGAACAAUUAGAAUUGAAAAUUCAACAAUAUCAAAAUCAAAUUUUGGCACAGCUAAUCCACGGCUUGAGGUAGGGGAAAUGAUCCAACAUUGCCCCUGGGAAAUGAAUGAAUUUGUCAAGAAACAACACGUGUUACCAUACGGUUACCUUGGUAACUGCCGUAUCAUUGGCAGCAUUGUAGACGAUCGAUGCUUUUCGGAUUUUUUAUUUUUUGAAAGGUUGGCAAGAGUGUAUGAAUCUUGUUUUAUUAACAUAAUAGAUAAGACUCCUACUGAAUUUAGAAAAGAUGAACGAAUUAUUCCAUUUCUAAAAAACAAUUCUCAAGCGUUCAAAUUUUUACAUGAAUCUCUGAGAUUUGACAAACAGAUACUAAUGCGCAUGUUAGAGGUGAAUGGAAAUAUUUUGAAAUACAUAGCCGCCGAAGAGUAUCAUCAUGUCAUUGCUGUGGAUAAAAGCUUGGUCAAGUUUUGUUUAGAGCGUGGAUGCGAUCCUGGGAACGUACCUUCACAUUUUCAUAUUGACAAAGAGUUAGCUCUAAGUGCAAUAGUUGGAGGAUGUACCAUUGAAAAGCUUCCUCAAGAGUUUAGAGAUGAUUUGGAAAUUAUUCUCUUUGCUGUCAAACGUGAUCCAUUCAUAUCGUUACGAUGUGUAAAGCAGCUGAUGAGCGACAACGACAGCGUACUGAAAUUAGUGAAACAUGCGCCCUAUGCAUUACAAUGGACUUCUACCUCUUUCCAAAACCAAAACAGAGAUGUAAUUGUUGCAGCAAUAGAGACAUUUUAUGACGCUCUUAGAUUUUCCAAAGAAAAAGACGAAGAUUUAUUGGAAGUGGCACGACAAUCGCUCAAAAAACUUCUCGAAAAAGAAAAGAGGAUUUGUGUCAAUUUUACUGACACCUAUUCCAUAAUUUUAGACAUUAAGGAAAAAAAACAUCAAUUAAUUUUCCUCAAAGACCAAGUUGCGUAUGUUGGUGGAGCAUCAUAUCGAAGAGUGUUUGGACCAAAUAUUGAAGAACUUGGUUACGAUGCAGUGAUUAGUUUUUAUUUACCGAACCAUGAAAUAGAAAACAAAACAGAACAAGAGCUUAUUCAAACCUACUUGAUCCCUUUCAUUGAACAAGAAACAAUGUUUCACAUCACCUAUUUAAUUCACACUCGAACAUUGUGUACUUAUCCAACUAUUAUUGAGCUUGUUGAAAGUUAUCAAAAUAUCGAAGGAUCUUUUGACGAGGAAUAUUUAUUCAAUUAA